GAAACAAAGCCGCUUCUAUUAUUUCUUCCACUGCUUGAUUUCUCUUUCACCACUGAACUAUCCCAGCAAUUUCAGGAGGCUGGAAUGCCCUGGGAGAGUAAGAAUAGCCGACAAUGGCAGAGAUAAUUCCUGUUGCCUUUUGUCUCCUUGCAGUUGUCGGAGCAGAGGUAAGAGCAAUCAAUAGGACUGUGAAGUUGUGGUAUUUAGCUGGGUCUCCUAAGGAAGGCUCGGUUCUCCCUGCAGAGGAUUUUGUUACUCCUGUCCCUGGCCGGCUCUCGAAUGUUUUUUGCCCUCUCUGUUUAGAUCGCGGCGGUUUUUGAAAAUGCUCGAUUUUUUCGUAUUCCUUCAAUAAGUGGCGGGUCCCUGCAACUGAGUUCAGACAUGGAAUGUUGGGAUUCAGUCGGCUUUUUAAUCAUUGCUGUCAGCUACAAUGUGACGAUUAUUGGGAAGAUUUGGUUAACUCUUGUGAUCCUGCUGAGGUUUAUGGUGAUAUUCUUAGCAGCCUACCCUCUCUACCAAGACGAGCAGGAACGCUUUGUCUGCAACACUUUACAGCCAGGGUGCUCCAAUGUGUGUUACGACAUUUUUGCUCCCGUGUCCCACUUCCGCUUCUGGCUCAUUCAGACCGUGUCUGUCUUGCUCCCUUACGCCAUCUUUGGCGUCUACGUAUUGCACAAAGUGUGCAGGCGGGUUGUGAAGGCACAUUCUGCAGCCUACCGCCGCUACAAAGAGAUCAAACCUUCGGCGGGCGGCAAAGUCGCAAAGAAAUCGUCCAAAGGGAAAAAGAGCAGAGUCCCCUAUACAGGAAACGAAAUGGCUGUUCCUGAUUUUUCCAGGGCGUAUGCAGUUCACCUCCUUCUGAGAAUACUGACAGAGGCCAGUUUUGGAGUGGGGCACUAUUACCUCUUUGGAUUCUUUGUCCCAAGACGUUUCUCCUGUAACCAAUCCCCUUGUUCGAGUUACGUGGACUGCUACAUCUCCAGGCCCACAGAAAAAUCCAUCAUGAUGCUGUUCAUCUGGGGGCUCAGCAGCGUCUCAUUCUUCCUCAGCCUCAUUGACCUGGGCUUUGCCUUCCGAACCAACGCCGUGAGGAAUCGGAGAAAGAAGCUACUGUCAGAAAGUUUCAGUGCCGGAGAGAAAUGCCGUGCUGGCCUGCCGCACCAAGGUGACAAGCUAAGCAACGAUUUGCUGGGGGGCCAAGACCACAUAGCCGUCAUUGACAACUGCGGCAACUGUUUGCUUGGCCGAGAGGUGAAGGAAGUGUGCUCGUUUCAAGCUGUGUUCAAUCCUCAGCAAAAAAAUGGCCCUAACCUCAACAGCAGCAACAGUAGUAACAAAUCGUGCGUUGGAGCUGCCCACCAAGAGGGCAAAGGGGUGUCUUUCCAUGAUGAUGAGCAGCCGGAGAUCUCGUGUGAGCAAUUGAGAUUUGAGCAACCGCCGGGCGUUCUCAAAGGAGCGUUGGUUUUUAAAACCCUGGACGGGUGCCGUUAUGGAGCCCAUUCGCCUGCAAGCAGCCACAAGCCCUCGGUUCAUUAUUCUUCCCUCGAGAGAAAGGCUUCUGAUGUCCAAUCUGUCUGCAGCAGUGCUGGCUGCUCCAGAUCCAAAAAAUCCGAAUGGGUGUAAAAUGUCAGAAUAGAAUGGCAGAAAAACUACCAUAAAAUA